AUGAACGGCAAGAUGAGCGGCGUGGUGGCGGAGUUUCACUGCGGCGGCGGCGGCUUCGGCGAGCUGUCCCUCGAGACCAAGAAGUCCGCGGCGCACCGCAAGCACGAGACCUCACGCAAAGAGGCGGAGGACGAGUCCCGCUUACCUGCGCUCGAGGCCGCCUACACCAGCAUCCUGCGGGAACUCGGGGAGGACGCGGACCGGCAGGGGCUGCUGCGCACGCCGCUGCGCGCCGCCCAGGCCAUGCAGUUCCUAACCAAGGGAUACCACGAGAGCAUUUACGACAUUCUGAAUGAUGCCAUAUUCGAUGAGGAUCACGAUGAGAUGGUGAUUGUGAAGGAUAUAGACAUGUUUUCAUUGUGUGAACAUCACCUGGUGCCCUUUUUCGGCAAGGUUCAUAUUGGGUAUCUGCCUAACAAAAAAGUGGUUGGACUGAGCAAGUUGGCAAGGAUUGUCGAGAUCUACAGUCGAAGGCUUCAAGUUCAAGAGCGUCUCACCAAGCAGAUCGCCACGUCAAUCUCAGAAGCUGUGCAGCCAAAGGGCGUAGCUGUGAUUAUUGAGGCAGCGCACAUGUGCAUGGUGAUGCGUGGCGUCCAGAAGAUGAACAGCCGAACAGUGACCAGCACCAUGUUGGGGAUUUUCCGAGAGGACCCCAAAUCCCGGGAGGAGUUCCUUGCUCUUUCAAAGCACAUAUGACGCGUGCCACACACUGCUCUCUUCUGAGCCUCUGAAUAACAUCUACAAAGCUCCUGGGUACCUCUGGAUCUAGUCCUAAUUUAAGACAAAAAAUGAUAACUUUUCCCAAUAAGGAGAAACACAGAGCUCCUGAGGAUCCAAGGCAGCCCUGCAGCUUACCUCAGUAAACUGAAGCCUUACAGAAUCAGAAGUGGGGCACACACACACAUGCUAGUAGACUCAUCAUGAUGGGUUUAGUUUUAUCCUCAGUACAUCUGUUUAGUCUUGCUGCAAACAGUCCCAUUCCUCAAACCCUGCAGCUGAAAUCCCUGAGCUAAACAGAGAAUGGGAAACUCCAACCUGUGGUGCCUCUAUCUAGCCUCUGCUAGGUAUUUUAGUCUGGCAAUAUUUAUAUGUAUUUAGUAUGAAACGUAAGUGCAAUAUUUUAGUAUUGCAAUACUUUAGAUGUACAUUUUCUUAUUUUUUGUCCUUGCAAAUUGAAGUGCUCAGUAACCUAACACAGCUUGAUUUUUUUAACUUGUAAAAAAUAAUCACCAAAUGAGAGCAAGUAGAGAUUGAGGUGUUCACAACUUAUUUUUUUUCCAUAUUUACAAAUACAUUUGUAUAUAUUAUUUAUGUUGUAACAAAUGUUUUGUAAGAGAAGAAAUUGUAUGUAUUAAUAUAGUAAUUUAGCUAGGUUUGCCUAUCAGCUCUGUUCCCCACCGGCUUCACUGUACAGUUAUUUUGGGCUGGACCGCCACAGCACGACUGGCCCUACAAACGCCAGUGUCUGUCACUGAGUCACUGAGUGAUGAAGUUACCCCAUUGGUCCAUUCCAAGUGUUUCCCCAUUGGCCGUUGCUCUUAUGUCAACACAUGUCAUCGAUAUAAGCCUCAAUACAAGCACAAAACAUUUCCUGGGUGACUCAACACACACUUCUUAGCUUUGGUACAGCAUGUCACACUACUAUACAGCUUCAUGAGUAUGAUACACAUUUAUGUUAUACAACUGUGUUUGGACAUGUCGGUGAUUAACUUAAUCAUAACCUCCAGGUCUUACUGUAGCAGGGUUAAAUUCAUGGCCGUAGCCAACGGUGAGCACACCAAGAUCUGGACCGUGGUGUCCUCAUAAUUAUUUCAUAUAAAAAAUAAAUAAUCACUAUUUAACUAUUGCAUGUUGCC